UGGUAUAGAGCACUCAUUCUUUCUUCUUUGUCUCUCUCGACGGCGCAUAUUAUUCAAAACAAAAUUGUUCGUCAAACUUCAGCAAAUUGCCUUCGCCGGCGGUGACUCUUUGCCGCCGAACCUAGUGGGCUUUCUCGGCUUAAAAAAUCCAGCGAAGCUCGCUGUUUCAUUUCUCUCUUUUAUCUCGUUACAAAAGGGCCUAUCUUAUCACUUCAAAUUAUGUUAAUUUCUAGGCUUUGUAGAGUUGGAUUUCGGGUUGCCCGAGAGCUAUCAAGAGGUGGAUGUACACAUACGUAUAGAACAAGAUAUUAUACACAAGGGCCUUGCAGGCAAUACCAGCAGUCUCUGCUUGAAUUCCUGCCAGAAAUUAGAGCCUUCCACGGUGCUGUAUUGCAAAAGUAUCAUGGUAUUUCUACCUCGGCUUCUGACGGUGCUUCUGCAGGAGGGGAUGAAGAGAAAGAAGAGAUAUCUGUCACAUUUGUUUCAAAGGAUGGAGAAGAUAUCCCCAUACGAGUGCCUAUUGGAAUAUCUAUGCUGGAAGCAGCUCAUGAAAACGAUAUAGAGCUCGAAGGAGCAUGUGAGGGUUCACUUGCUUGUUCAACAUGUCAUGUCAUAGUGAUGGACAUGGAGUACUAUAAUAAAUUAGAAGAUCCAGUUGAUGAGGAGAAUGACAUGUUGGACCUGGCCUUUGGGCUUACAGAAACAUCUCGUCUGGGAUGUCAAAUAGUUGCAAGUUCGGAACUCGAUGGAAUUCGUUUAGCAAUCCCUGCUGCCACUCGGAACUUUGCGGUUGAUGGGUAUGUUGCAAAACCACAUUAGACUUGAUUUAUACAACAGCUAACUCUAUUUAAAUGAGCAUAAUAAAGGAUCCAAUCCUCCAUUUUUGUAGCUCUCAGUAUCGUAUUUGAAUCUAAGAGCAUGGAUCAUGCUCAAAUGAUUAUUUUUUUGUUUUCGAUCAUUACUUACUAAACUCCCAAUAAUCCCUUGUGACGUUGAUUCU